UCCCCUCGACUCAAUCCUUUAAAAUGACCCACAGCUUAUAUGGAAUUCAGGAUCUUACGCUAGCUAGUCUUAUUCCAGACUAUCGGUAUCCGCAUCUGGACGCAUUAGCUCCUCGAGUUGUCGAACCAGGCAAGGAUUUUUCUGUUUCCUCGGAUUAUAAUAUCCAUGACAUUUUUCAUUCAACUCCCAUAUAUGCUUCCCGGCCCGGACGUCGAUUGGCAAAGUGGUUCCGAUUCUCUUCCGAUGCCAAUUCAGAGAACGACAUAACGCAAUGGCGGAUGCAAGCCCAAGAAUCUCGACUGUACAUGCUACGACAACCGCAGGCCAUAUUCAAGGAUCUAUGCUUGAAUUCCACUGUUCGUCAAUGGCUGCAGGAAACUUUUGAGAACAGAGCAGAUGCCUAUUUUCUAAUUGGAUAUCGUUCAGUAAUCAAUGCAACGCUAAUACGGCAGGAUAAAAACGCUACCGAACAGGGAAGUUAUAAGACUACUGGUGAGCGUAUUAUUGCGGUCUGCUAUCGAAAGGUCACUUUUAGGUUUCUAAAGAAAUCGGAUAGUGCAUCCCUAGACCGAGAUAAUUGCUGGAGGCUAUUCUCUGAUGAUCGCGGCGAUGACAAUGAAGGUGAUGUGAUGUUGGAGGCAGAUAUAAUGGAUGGGGAUGACAUUGAUGAAUGUGAUGUAAGUGAUUUAGAAGAUUAGCUAGGCACCAGUAAAUACGAUCUUUCUACCUUGAGUAUUUUC